AUGCGCGCUCUCCAGUUCCUGCUCGGGGUCAGCCCUGCCGCCCUGCUCCUGGUUCUCUGCCUGCAGCUGGGGAUCAACAAAGCUGAGGAAAGCACUUGGAAAGCGAUACAAAUGAAUUUGCAGGUGCCUACAGUAGCAGCUGCAAAUGAGGAGGUCACUGUGAAGCUUGCAGUUCAAACAGAAUUGAAAGAAUGUAUGGUGAUUAAAACUUACCUCAGAAGCGACAUCGAAAUUGAUGGCCCAUUCAACUAUCGAUACACCGGUUGCCUCUGUAAUGACUAUCCAAGAACCUUCUACUGGGACUUCGAGACUAACCACACUACAGUCAUUGCAGCUGUGGUUGACAUUAUUCGGGAACUAGGUAUCUGUCCAGAAGAUAAAGCUGUGGUACCCAUCAAAUCCAACCGGUACUAUGUACUCCAUAGACUAAAUGUAUCUUAA